GUAAGUCAAAAGGUUUCUAGUUUUCUUAAAACUCUAAGUUAGGGUUUUUCUUUCGGUUCUCAAUCUCUUCCCGUCGUUCAAAGUUAUGGCCACGUCGUCUUCAAAGAAGAUCGUUCUGAAAAGUUCCGACGGUGAGACGUUCGAAGUUGAUGAGGCGGUGGCGGUGGAGUCUCAGACGAUCAAGCACAUGAUCGAAGAUAACUGCGCUGGCAGCAGCAUCCCUGUACCCAACGUCACAAGUAAGAUCCUCUCGAAGGUGAUUGAAUACUGUAAGAAGCACGUCGAUACACCGAAAACCGACGAUAAGACAGCCGAGGAUGAUCUGAAGGCGUUUGAUACCGAAUUCGUGAAAGUCGAUCAGGGCACUUUGUUUGAUCUUAUUCUGGCUGCCAACUAUUUAAACAUCAAGGGCUUACUGGAUCUGACCUGUCAAACUGUUGCUGACAUGAUGAAAGGCAAGUCUCCUGAAGAAAUACGCAAGAUCUUCCACAUCAAGAACGAUUACACUCCAGAAGAAGAAGAAGAAGUCCGCAGGGAGAAUGCCUGGGCUUUUGAGUAAAUCAUGUAGGUCUCAACUGUCGAUAGCGUAGUGGUAUAUAAAGUUGGGUGUCUUUGUUUUUUUUAUUAAAAAGGUUGUGAACACCUUUUAAUUUGCUUCUUUACUUUUUUUUUUGGGGGUCUGAAUUUUGUCUUUAGAUGUUUUGGUUUGGAAGCUACAAAAACUAGAAGUCUCUUGAUAUCUUUUUGGUUCUAAUUAGGAGUGUUCGUUUGGAUGGAUCGGUUUGAUCCGAUCCAAUCAAGUAAAUCCAAAUUGAUUUCAGUUUUCAAAA